CGGACCCUGAAACACGCAGGGUGGCGUGGGGCUUUUACCAGUGCAAUGUUCGCUACCCCGCCAGAGGGCGCCAUUGGUUCGGUGUCAGCGUGACCGAUACUGCUCACCUGGGCCAAUUCCCACUUUGAUGAUGUCAGCACCAGAGAGGAUGAGCUCCUCCACCAUCUCGCCCGUCACCACGUUGCCAGCCUGCGGACGCAUCAUCAUCAUCAUCGUCAUCAACAGUGGGGCCCAGGUGAUGAUGAAGAUGAGAAUGAUGAGGUGCAAUGCUUAUGACGUGUGCGUUUGGACUCUUAAAAGUACAAUGUGAGGAAUUCUGCACAGCGGGAAGCGAGAACACCCUGACUGAUAAUCCUGACAUCAUCGUGGCUGCCGGUGAACUGUAGUAACCUCGGCUGACGCCUAUCUUCACUCGACUAAGGGCACAGUAACCUUAAGAAGAUUGGAAGUGGUGACUACUGAUACGCUCUGCUUUUCAGUUUUGUUUCCGCCACCGAGCAGUAUCAAUCAGUUUUUAGUAAUUGUUAAUCUUCUGAGAAAUUGUACUUUAGAAUAUCAAGCCGGAUCAUACCAAACUGAACCACGUGGGGGAAAAAUGCCUUAAAAGGCAUUUCCUAUCUACGCUUUGGCCAAUAACAAUUUUUAGAUGUAUAUUGACCUACAAAUUAUUGUCAACAUUAUUUUGAAACCAAAUUAACAACUAAUGUAAUGAUAAUAUAUAAUAAUAAUGCAAGUAUACACUUUCAAAUGCAAUAAACUUGUUUUCCUGGUAUAAUUUAACAUUGUAAUUGAAGUGUAAACUUUUAAAUACAAGUUAAAUAUAAUAAAAAAAUUCUAAAAAAUAAAAUAUACAAAAUUUUGCACUUGAAUUAAAAUCACAACCAAAAGCAAUAAAAAAGGUCUGUUAAGGAGGGGUGGGAGAUCCUCAAAUAUAAACAACCCAAACAAUACUGUAGCUCAGUUGUUUACUGUCUAAACAAGUUUCGUAAUGGGGAAAGACGCUAGUCUCUUCUUAAUGUCUCUUGUUUAUGUGUUAGCAAGCUGGUGAUCAAUCAUAGUUUUUGAUUGUUUUAAUUUAGUGAAGUAUUAUUAACCAUCCGGUGUUUUACAUUGGCUAUCGUUGCUACCUUUUAUUUACAUAUGCCCGCAGUUGCUGCAAACGAUGCAAAAGAAUGACUGUUUUUUUAACCCGUAGCAACGCAUACAUGGCGAUUAUCGAGGCUGGCAAUCUUACAGACUUCAUUUCCAUUUAUCGUCCGGGUAAUUGACUUAUCGAAUAUUGGCCUACUCCUAUUAUGCACAUUUGACAUUUUUGUGACGUUCUAACAGUAGAGGAAACACCUCCUUCCCCAGGCUUUGCUACACAUUGUAACAUUAAACCUGGAGCUUUGCCAACUAUCCAUCAUUCAGCUAGGGACACAAGAGUUAUAUAUGUGAAACUUUAGUUUUUCUUUAGCAAAUGGGCUUACCUAGCAUAAUGUUGCUGUUAAAUUUGGGGUGUAACGUUGGCACUUUAGCAAACAUGCCUAUGCUCGUGUUAGUAAUGUUUUUGUUCUGCUUUCUCACUCUUUAAGGGUACCUUACUGUGUGUGAUAUUUGGAUUCUAGUACAUAUAAAAAGUUGAUAACAAGUACAAGUGCAAAAGUACAAAGACCAAUACACUGUUGGAGGACGUCUGAGGCUUUGAAUAUGCAAUCUGUCUUGACACCCAUUUUUUCCUUUUGUAUAUCUGGCUAUGUGUUCCAUGGGGACGGAGGCAAUGACGCUUCCUGUGCCGUCCUGAGAGACCGACUGAGGCUCUCUGGUGGAUCGGCAAAUAUACAACAAAGGUAUGUAGAAAAAACACACUAGACACGCUUCAAGAAGACAUCACACGCUUCGCAGGCGAAAGUCUGCCAUCCAGACCACAACAAGCAAGCGGCGUAACAAACAGAGCUUUGAUACGGUGUUAAACAUCCCGCACAAACACUUCCCCAUUGUGUCAGGCCCAGCAGGAGUCAUGUGAUGCGGCGCUGUUACCUGCCUGACGCAAACAAUAGGCUUGGCCUAAAGGCAGCAGGGUGCCGAGUGCCGACCUGGGGUUACUAUUGGGCAAGCCGCGGAGGUUACUACAGUUCAGGUUUGCCAAAGGUUACCAUCAGUCAGUCGUGCUGAGACUGGUCUACUUUGUGUAAGUGUUAUGGCUCAUUGUGGUAUUAUUUUAUGUUGCAUCAUAUUAUAAUACACCUGUGAAACACUUGAGACUUUAAGCUUCAUUAAAGAAGAACAAUUAUUACUGACACUUAUGCUUAUGAUCCAUUUACAAUGCAUCCGGAAAGAGCUUUACUUUUUCCACAUUUUGUUACAGCCUUAUUUCAUAAUGGAAUAAAAAUGUUUUCGUCCUCAAAUUUCUACUCCCAAUACCCCAUAAUGACAAUGUAAAAAGUUGUUUUAUGAUUUAUUCAAUUUUUUCUGUAAUUGCUGCCAAAGCUGCAUCAACAAAGUACUGGGCAAAUGCUGUGUAUACUCAAGUAUAUGUGAUUUUUAAAUGUUUUUAAUUUUAAUAAAUGUUCAAAAUUUAAAACAAAAAACUACUUUUUCCAAAACAUUGUCAUUGAGUUUAUUUCGAACAUGCAAGCAUACAACAUGACACAUCACAAUUUACAGUUUCUCUUUUUAACAUGUUCAAAAAGGAGUAGGAAGAAGCAAAGCUCAUUUAAUCCUAUCCCUUUUCUUUUACAUAACAGUUGCUAAAACUUUUGUUCACGCUGUAACAUAACAAAAUUCGGAAAAUGUUAAGCGCUGUGAAUCUUUUUUAGAUGCAUUGUAUAUGUUAAACCAAAUUGAAUGGAUCAGCACAAAUCAUGCAAAACCCUUCAUUUAUUUGAAAUUUGUCACUAAAAUCUUUUUUUCCAGAUAGGUAUUGUUUUCCUAUAAUAUUUAUUACAUGUUUAACUAUUUCAUACAAACAAAUGGUGAUACACAGAACUUUUUUGUGGGUAAGGUCAGUAAAAUAAACAUAACACGACCCGACCACAGUUGUUGUGGGUGCACACGUGUUAACAGGUGCCUUCUUUGGCAGAACUGAGGUCAGCGAUGCUAGAUGAAAAACAUUAGUAUUAUAAUUAGCUGCAGGUUUUAAAAACUACAGCAGAAGACUGACUGCUCAUCUGUUCCAACUGCCUUGAGGCGGAGUGAGGGAGCCAUACUUUGCGACAAAAGCAAAAAAAACAUGGCUGCUCCUCACGCUGACAUUUUAAACAAACAAGACAUUCAUCCAGGAGGAAAAAUAUAUCAGGAUCAGUCUCGCUGGGCCAGCUGACUGACCGAGUAGGUGGUCAUAUACAGCCCAGUCAGCAUGUUUUGCUGGCGAUGGAGUAGAGCUCCUGCAUGCACAGCUGAUGAAGUUUGAUGCCAAAUAUCUCGCAGCUACCACCGUGAUCUUCUAUACAACUGCAACUGUGUAGCUGCAAGAAGCUAGACUAUUAGCGAUAUUACACAAAAACUAUUAACAAACUUGAAAAAAAACAUGAUAUUUAAUAAAGUAUGUCUGAUUCUGAUUUUGUGGCGGAUCUUGGAUUAUACUGCCUUAUAUUUGUGGAAACGCCAACUGUCCUUUAUGUUUUGAUAUUUCUAACAUUUAACUGCCUCCUGUAGGACUGGAAUGGGACCGCAUCGAGCGCAACUUUUAACCAGGCCGAUUUCGCAGGACUCUGAACGAGAGAACAAAACAGCUCCACACACAGUGAAACCCAACACCCCUACUCAGAUGCUGCAACCCGCCCCCUGGCAGCCAAUCAGUGGCACAGUCCUCGGCGCUUGCAACAAUGCGAACUGCUGGGAAGUUGGAAAUAUGAAAACAAAUCAUCCAUCCAUUUUCUACUGUUUGUCCCUUUCGGGGUUGCUGGGGCUGGAGCCUAUUCCAGCAGCACUCAGGCGGAGGACAUGGCACACCCAGUCUGUUUUGAUAAGGCACUCUGGAGUCUACACGGUUAAGUGUCCUUUUGCCGUGCGGUGAUGUAACGAGGAGCAAGAUGAACCAACGCUGCCACCAUGUCCAUAAAUGGAAGGACCGUGUGGAGCUGGACCCCGCUCAGAAGGUGGAGGGCGGCGAACCGGGAGGAGCGUUGUCAGCGGGCCAGGUGAAGCUGAAAGACAGACAGAAGUUCUUUGAGGAGACCUUCCAGCAGGACAUGGAGCAGUACUUGUCCACGGGAUACCUCCAGAUCGCCGAGAGGCGAGAGCCAAUAGGAAGCAUGUCGUCAAUGGAGGUCAACGUGGACAUGCUAGAGCAGAUGGACCUCAUGGACAUGUCAGACCACGAGGCCCUGGACGUCUUCCUGCACUCGGGGGGCGAGGACAACAGUGCCGCCUCUCCUGAGACGGGUCCUGAGGUGGACUGCGGCACAGAGAUCAGCUUGCAGGUUCCCACGCAGGCCGAGCUGCGCCACAAGCUGUCCUCCCUCUCCUCCACCAGCCAGGACACGGAGGCGGGCGAGGAGGACGACGACGAAGAGGAGGAGCCGGGGCCAAGCGGCAGGAAGAGACCCCCUGUGGUGGUGACGCCUGACGACGACCAGCAAACUGCCUUAAACGAGCCAUCUUGGAAUAAGAGCACACUAACUUUCCAACUGAAGAAAUGUCCUCAGGUGAAAAUGUCGUGGUGUUAUUUGGACACCUGCCCAUGUAAGCGAGAUUGGCCUGUGCAGCAACAUAUCUGUCACUCACAUUUCAGGACCAAACUUUCAACACCUUUUCCUCUCUUUUUGUACACAAACGUGUGUGUGUGUGUGUGUGUGUGUGUGUGUGUGUGUGUGCGUGUUCCUCCUCCUGCGAUGUCACGUCGAUUCAUCCCAUAAAUUGUUCCACACAAAAGAGCACGUUGACUAUUUUGAAGUGUGUAUUCCAAGAACUGCAUCUAUAGUAUAUAUACAUGACAUACAGUAUAUAUACACACACAAUAUAUGUGGAGAAUAUACGUUACUUUGGAUGAGAGAGUGAUACUGGUGAGUGUUAUUAAAUACAUUAUUGUGAUGCGUUCAUGGACACUCCGACUCUUAUCAUUGCAUAUCAUUAGUGGUCUUUUGUUUACUCAUGACCUGCUAGGAUGAACAUUAGCAUCAUUUGAAACAAACAUGGGCAGUCAAACCAAAAGAUGUGUUUACUUGCAGCAGCAAAGUGACCUUAAAGCACAUCAAUCAUCACUGACUUGCAGGGUCAGGUGACAUUUCAAUUCAAUAAUAUUUUAAUGAUUACUCAGGUGUCAUUUAUUAAAUUUGCAAUAAUUUAACAUGAUCAUUUAUUGCACUAAUUUAACAUUAUUACUUAUUGCACCAUUUUCAAAUAUUUUUUUAUUUCAGAAUUAAUUGAUUUAACAUAUUUUCCGGACUAUAAACUUUUUUCUCGAACUUAGAAUCUAUGCGUCUUAUUAAAAACAUAAAUGAAUUUGAGGUUAAUUUAUAGAAUUUUCUAUAACAGCCAUGUUUUGUUUUCAACAAAUAGUUUUCAUGUUCCACUGACAAGACACUAAAAAGGUAUGUUAUUGUUUGUGCUGUGGCAUCAUCUUUUGAAUGAGUUCACUCACUGAAAAUGCACUUCCUGUUUUCAACAUAUUUGUUAAUGUGCUUUCUGCUCGAAAGGAUUCUUCAUUCUUCACCCCAUACAACAUGUGUAAGUUUUACAAUACAACUCAAACAAUUCAUACUUAUUAAAUCGUCCCAUUUGUGAAUAUACUGAGACGUUUAUAGGUGUCUGUUAGUAUUGUUAAAUUACAGUUGCAUUGUUUUUAUAUAUUUUCAGUUUGGUAAAUUCAUCAAGACGUCACUGUGGAAGUUUUAAGCCCGUUUAGCUCAGUGGUUCUUAACCUUGUUGGAGGUACCGAACCCCACCAGUUUCAUAUGCGCAUUCACCAAACCCUUCUUUAGUGAGAUAUAUAUAUGUAUGUAUGUAUGU